CCGACACUUUUCAAUCCCACCAAAGAAAAACAACGAUUGAUCUCUCCAGUUGAGAUUUGUGAACCGUGUCAAUUUGGUACCAUUAAAUAUAACCAAACAAUUACAAAAUUAAAUUAUGAAAUUGGACGUAGUUAAACAAUUCUCAACUCGAUCCGAUCGAGUUAAAGGAAUUGAUUUUCAUCCAACUGAGCCAUGGAUUUUAACUACUUUAUAUAAUGGGAAAAUUGAAAUUUGGUCUUAUGCAACAAAUACAUUAGUUAAAUCAAUUCAAGUAACUGAAUUACCCGUUAGAACUGGGAAAUUUAUUGCUAGAAAAAAUUGGAUUGUUGUUGGAGCUGAUGAUUAUCAAAUUAGAGUUUAUAAUUAUAAUACUGGAGAAAAGAUUACUCAAUUUGAAGCUCAUCCUGAUUAUAUUAGAAGUGUUGCAGUUCAUCCAACAAAACCUUAUAUUUUAACAUCUUCUGAUGAUUUAACAAUUAAAUUAUGGAAUUGGGAUAAUAAUUGGAAAGUUGAACAAGUAUUUGAAGGUCAUCAACAUUAUGUUAUGAGUGUUAAUUUUAAUCCAAAAGAUCCUAAUACUUUUGCAUCUGCUUGUUUAGAUAGAACAGUUAAAAUUUGGUCUUUAGGUUCUUCAGUACCAAAUUUUACUUUAGUAACUCAUGAUGCAAAAGGGGUAAAUUAUGUUGAUUAUUAUCCUCAAGCUGAUAAACCUUAUUUAAUUACUAGUUCUGAUGAUAAAACAAUAAAAAUUUGGGAUUAUCAAACAAAAUCUUGUGUAGCAACAUUAGAAGGUCAUUUAGCUAAUGUUUCAUUUGCAGUAUUUCAUCCAGAAUUACCAUUAAUUAUUUCUGGUUCUGAAGAUGGAACUAUAAGAUUUUGGAAUUCAAAUACUUUUAAAUUAGAAAAAUCAAUUAAUUAUAGUUUAGAAAGAGUAUGGUGUGUAAGUUUAUUACCAAAAUCAAAUUUAAUUUCUUGUGGAUUUGAUUCAGGUUUUGUUAUAAUUAAAUUAGGUAAUGAAGAACCAUUAUUUUCAAUGGAUUCAAAUAAUAAACUUAUUUAUGCCAAAAAUUCUGAAGUUUAUCAAUCAAUUAUUAAACCAACUUCAACUGAAGGUUUAAAAGAUGGUGAACAAUUAUCUUUACAACAAAGAGAAUUAGGUAAUAUUGAAAUAUAUCCUCAAUCUUUAACUCAUUCACCAAAUGGUAGAUAUGCAACAGUUUGUGGUGAUGGUGAAUAUAUUAUUUAUACAUCAUUAGCUUGGAGAUCAAAAACUUAUGGUAAAUCAUUAGAUUUUGUCUGGAAUACAUCUGAUUUAUCAAAUAAUUCAUCUUAUGCAAUUAGAGAAUCACAAUUAUCGGUUAAAAUUUUUAAAAAUUUUCAAGAAUAUUUAACAAUUGAUCUUAUUUAUCAAGCUGAUAAAUUAUUUGCUGGAGCUUUAUUAGGUAUUAAACUGGAAGGUUGUAUAUCAUUUUAUGAUUGGGAACAUGGAGUAUUAGUUAGAAGAGUUGAUUUGGAAGAUGAAAUUCAAGAUGUUAUUUGGUCAGAUAAUGGAGAAUUAGUUUCAAUUAUAACUUCAUCAAGUUUAGGUGAAGGAUCAUCAGGAUCCAAAAAGACUGAUGAAACUUAUCUUUUAAAUUAUAAUCAUGAAUUAUUUGAAGAAUCUUAUAAUAAAGGAGAAAUUGAUGCCGAAGAAGGAGCAGAAUCAUCAUUUGAAGUUUUAUAUACUUUACCAACUUCAGAACCAAUUUUAUCAGGAAAAUUUAUUGGAGAUGUAUUUAUUUAUACAACUGCAUCAACUAAUAGAUUAAAUUAUUUUGUUGGAGGUGAAGUUAUAAAUUUAGGACAUUUUGAUCAUAAAUAUUAUAUAAUUGGUUAUAAAGCUCAAGAUGGGAAAUUAUAUUUAAUUGAUAAAUCAUUUAAUGUAAUUUCAUGGUAUGUUAAUUCAGAAGUAUUAGAAUUACAAACUUUAGUUAUGAGAGGUGAUCUUGAACAAUAUGCAACAAAACAAAUUAUUGAUCAAGAAUUAGGAGAAGAAAUUCCUGAUUUAUCAUCAGUAUCAAUUGAAAAUAUUUCUGAAGAAUAUUCCAAUUUAAUUUCAACUUUUAGUAAGACUGAAUUAAAUCAAUUAUCAAGAUUUUUUGAAAAAUUAGGUUAUUUAACAUUAUCAUAUGCUUUAUCACAAGAUUUUGAUUCGAAAUUUCAAAUUUCUCUUACUACUGGUAAUUUAAAUCAAGCAUAUGAUUUACUUUCUAAAAGUCAAAUUGAAAAUCCUUCAACUUCAUUAGGUAAUUCAAGUAAAUGGAAAAAACUUGGAGAUUUAGCAUUAUCUUCAUGGAAUAUAAAACUUGCACAAGAUUGUUUUUGGUUAGCUAAUGAUUAUUCAUCAUUAUUAUUAUUAUUAUCAUCAUCAAAUAAUCAAAAACAACUUGAAAAAUUAGCUCAAGAAUGUGAAAUAAAGGGGAAAUAUAAUUUAGCAUUUCAAGCAUGGUGGUUAACUGGUAAUAAAGAAAAAACUUUAGAAUUAUUAGUUAAAAGUGAAAGAUAUACUGAAGCUGCAUUCUUUGGAGCUAAUUAUUCUGUUAAUGAUGAAAAAGUUCAGGAAACUGUUGAAUUAUGGAAGAAGAAAUUAAUUACCAAUAAUAAGCAAACAGUAAGUGAUAGAUUGAUAGAUAAUUUUUCUAAUUUACAAAUUGAAUCGAAUGGUAAUGGUCCAUUAAUUGAUCUUGAAGAAUCUGAAGAGCCAGUGGCGAAUGGAGUUGAAGAAGAAGAAGAAGAACCUGUUGAAGAAGAAGAAGAACCUGUUGAAGAAGACUCUAAAGAUGAGUAGAGUCCUUCAUUCCAAAAAUCAUUUUUAUAGUUUAUUUCUCAUAUACA